UUGUACACAGAAUGAUACAAAUGAACAAAAGCUGCAGAAGAAGCUUGUGGCAUGUGAGCUACCAGGCAGAGACCUUGCACAACUAUAGAGUUUUCAUGGGCGUAGAGUUUACGCACUAAGACCUUGCACAACUGUAGUUUCCAUGGGCAAAGACAGCGUGGCAUUCUGUUUGGUUGUUGCAGUUGUUGUUACAUUUGUGGCUGGUUUGUGGUCCCUCCGACAUAGCUAUGCAUGAAAACUGCAAUCCGAUGCUAAUCAUGCACAAGCAGCAAAGCUACAAACCUGAGCACCAUGAGCUCCAAUGUUGCUUUUUGCACGCUUCUGAUGCCUCGCACUCUUAGCGGCACCAUGCGUGCUGGUCACUGCGGGUGCUCGCUUGAUGGCUAGAUUUCGUUUGCUAGUGAGAAUUCGGUCACUGUGUGUCGCUCUGCCGAAGCCGGGCUUAGCAUUUUACUUGACGGUAUGGUCGUUGCAGCGCUUGUUGCGUGGAAUUGAACUUCGUUUGCCCUUCAGUGCUCAUGUUUUGUGGUUUGUGCGUAAAGUGGAGAUGUGUAUUUCUGCUCGGUGGGUUUUUGCGGCGUUGGGUGCGUGGGAGGGAGCUGGAUCUGUCCAUUGCAUCUACCAGUAGCCGGUCUUCGGGGAAAACAAGAAUUGGAUGCCGAAUGCUGUGACGCAACGACCACACCAGGUGUAUUCUCAGGGUGGCCCAUCAGUCUCAGUAGCGGUUUCAUGCGGAAACUUGAGUGUGGAACAUGGGCUGUGAGAACGUUACCUUCAAUGAGCCCACGAAUAAGAGAUCUCAAUCUCUAGAAAUUCACGCAAAGACGACACUCCGCAUCAAUCAAGAGCGUAACGUCUGCAUGUUCACUCCUUACGCCAACUACGAAGAGGUCAAUGAUGGAGCCCUGCUCCUCGAACAAGAUGAGCGGAGCUGCUUUGCAUAUAGAGAAUCCAAGUUCCCGUCGUGCAGCUCUCUCGACGGGCAUGUACCCCUCGUCGAAUCUCGCAAGCCUAGCGAGAGAGCUUCUAGUCUUGACCAUGUCGAGUUCGUUCUCCCACACGACGAUGGGUACAUACACGCUGCACCGGAACGCCCAAACAUGAGGAAACCAUUUUGGAAGAAUCUAUGGUUCUGGCAGCCCAACAAGAAAAGUGGCUCAUGUUGAGAGCUACCUCGCAUCACACUGAUCGCAAGCACGGAUCCCAUUUUCAAAAGCAGAUUAGAACCAAGUGGGAGGCUGUAGGACCGCUGCACACAACUUGUGCUGUCGGUGACUGUGCCAGACGACCCAUCCAGCAACAUGAAAAACGAAUGUUCGAUUAGAUUCUUACUGCAAAUCUGAAGACAAUGGGCGCCCUUCCAAGCCCUUGAACCGAUGCCGCAGCGCUCCUGCCGGCCCACUCUACAUUCCUUGAGGUUUCAUUCUCCUCAUCCUCAACAUCCAGUAGCUCAUACCCCGCCGAGGGCUGUUGCAUUGUGCAACAUCAUCUUUCGAUUUUUGCAUCAUAUGUGGCUUUAGAACAACACCCUCAACUCUUCGUCAUAAGGAGUGAGUCAUCGUCGUGUCUAAACUUGCUUGAUUUGUCAGGGUUAGUAGGUUCUAUCGCUGAGUUAGCAGGUUUGAUCAGUUGUGCGAGGUUAUCAGUUGCAGUGAGUUUGUGAGUCAUGGUCAACCUUUUCUUUGCCUCUCGGCAGAAUCAGAAAGAUCAUUCAAAGCAGAAUGUGUGCAAAGCCCCGUUACAGUGCAUCGGUUAAAUUCAUGGAUUCUAGGUAGUUAUCCCCAACCAUAAAUUAGAAGCAAUCCAAGCGAUUUUGUUGAAGAGAACAGGCAUUAGUGUUACUAUUCUUCUACUUUGUGUGCUGCAUGUGUUUCUUUUUUCUUUCUA